AUGACUAAGGUGAUGCAAGGAAAAGACUUUCUGAAACUGUUGGAACGGUACUUAGCAAGGGCUACUGAGAACGUGAUCCACGGGGUCUUUUUCGCAGACGUGGUCGAGGACUUCACUGACACAGAUAUGGUCGUUCAAAUCGUCGUAUUUCGAGAGUUGGACGAUAUUGUCACCGGACUUGAGGCGUACGAUGCGAUUUUUCGAAAGAAAUACUACAUACCUGCUGUGCUGCUGCUGCUAGCGCUAGUGGCUUCCUCCGAGACUUCCUCACUCUUCCUCACUUUUGUCAACUCGCGUAAUAGCAAGAACAUCUACGUCUAA